AUGUCUCUGCCGCUAGGACGACCAGCCAAGAACAAGACCAGACGUUCUCGACCGGUCUCAGGCGAGCAGUUGAGAGGUCUUCAGUCGGGUCCUAUUAAUCGCGUGGUGCGGCAGGGGAAACACGGAAGGGAAUCAAGGAGGAGGCGACAACAGAGUCCAAGGGUAUGCAGAGACCCGGUUCCGCCACACAGGAGCGACUCGAGCGCCGAGGAGGUUACAUCCGAGGUUGGUGGCUCGCAGGCGACUGGUUGUACAGAGAUUUCGGCAGUUGGAUUCUUUGAGACUGGUGACCCUAUCGGAGACUGGAUUCUGGAGCAAGAGUGCGCCAUCGCACGGGGAGCAGGACCUAUCGAUUAUUCAGGGUUAUUCCACAACUUGACCUUGGAGAAUAGGUGCAUUUCCAACACUCCCACGUUCCACACAGGAUUCAAAUCUUUGUGCAUUCCGCGUACUCACUUUCCUACACAGAACCAGGGUCUUCCCGCAAUCGGCCCAAUGGCAGACGCAUCUCUCACGAUUCACAUUGUGGAUAGAGGAUUGAACUUUGCCAAAGUAGCUGCACCAAAUACCCAGACCACGGCAUACUUUCCAGGUGUAUUAUGCACGACCGGGACUUUCAUUUCAAACGACGAAGAGGCGUUCCAUCCGACACAGGACCCGUGGAGAGUUCCUGGGAUGCCCCCCAGCAACAUCUUCUCGAGCCCCAUGGACACUGGCAGCAUGGAUCAAUCUCUUUCGUCAGAAGAGAGCGGCCCAGAGUCACUCUCUGAAUUCAUGGCGAUUGACACGGUGCUGCCGAUAUUGGAGAUGACGGCAACGUCUGCCAGUGUCAGUGUGGACGGAGAGUUUCAUUCGGGUCGAGGAGAAGUGGUAGACCUCAGCCAGUCGCGCGCGUGUCUGUCUAACUUGUCAUUUGUUGUCCGUAGAAUUUGUAAAGUCUUGCUUUCUGCCUCCCCUUCUGACGGGCAGUUGGCUUUGGCUGAGGAAACAGACCGGCGACUGCGGUUGAUUAUUCAGUUGAUUGAGUGA